AUGUUUACUUUGGUAGUUUUGACUUUGUGGAUUACUCUAACUGAAACAGGUAAAUCAGUUUUGUAUGUAUUAUAACAAAGGCGUAUGCAGUUAUUACUUUGUUCCGAAGCAACGCGAAGCAUUUGUGUUGAAAUUGGGGUCCUUGCUCCUAGCUUUAUCAAUAUUUUUACAAUUUUACCAAUCUUCCCGUAAACUUUCACUUAACUGUUAAAUAGGCGACCUUCGAUCGCAGUAUUGUGUAAUCACAAACUGUAAAAUUCAUAAACGAAUGGAUGAUUAUCGCCGACAUAUUGUUAACCAUAGGCGAGACAUGGGAAGGACUUUAAUACUGUUUUCGUUUCAUGACUUCAGUCCUAACUGAACCAGCUUUCUGAAGCAGCCGUCCCGAGUGUACAGUUAUUGAACUGAGAAUUUGCUUUCAUGAAAGAUAGAAAGUGAUCUUGAGCAGCCUUGCUGCUAUAAGAAAAAUUACAGUUCCAAUUAAUUACGAGCGUAAGUUCAGAUAGUUAUCGAUAUAUUGGAAUAUAUGACUGAGCAGAUGAAAGCACUUGGAGUUAUUAAAAAGGCAUGCAGUACUGUAACACCAAGGACUAGGCUUUCCGAACAAUCUUUUAAGGUGAAAGGAAAUGGAUGACACCAACCUUUGAACGUUAUAAACUCAUGGUCAUUCAAAUUUCUCCCAUUAACCAUUUAUUGUUCUCUAGGAAGCAAAAAGGGUCAAAAAGAGAAAGUAUUAAUAAAUUUCCCUCAUCUCAUGGCCGUGGAGCUGUUUAAGUGUAUAUUGAAACAUGCGCAAACUUUCACAGUUAAUUCAAAAUCUCUUUUGUAUCACACCAGAUGAUGCGGGGGAAAGCAUUAGAAAUAUUGACUCCGGCAGUGAAAGAGAGAGCAAACCGACUUCAGAUAUUAAAACACCUUCGUUAUUUCGGUCUUAUCUGACGCAAGACGUGAAAUUCAGAAAAGGAAAGCGCCAGGGCUCAUAUCUUGAGGCCUUUUUGAGAGCAGUUAUAGAGGAAAAAUUGCGUUUCCAAAAUCUGUUGGGCUUAUAAUCGGAGAAAAAUAUGUGCAAGCUUUUUUGGAAACUGCAAGUCAUAAGGAUAAUUCUCAGGCAUUGCAAUUACAACAGCCAUAAAAUAAAUUGAAAAUGAAACAUUUACAUACCGUUGAUAAAGGCAAGUCAAUACUUCAUUAGCCGCCAUAACAGCGCCCAAGUCAUUAAGAAACACCCCAUGCACAACUCACUGACAACUACUAUUAAUUACUUUAUAGUUUAUGAGGUAGCUUAGUUUAUUAAUAGUUAAGUAAUGAUGUAAUUGAAUAUGUUUACUCAAAGUUCAUAGAUAUCUCAGUAACAUGUGAAGAUUUACCUCCUGCCUUGUCUUGUCUUUAUUUCAUAUUUGAGGGUAAUUCCCAGAUACAAGGCCCCCGGGGGCGUAUAUGCGCGGGCACUUGUGAAGAGGCCUUUUUGCGUUUCUAAAUUAACUUAUAGGAGGCUUGUAUUUAGAGAGACAUAUAAACGAAAGGGCUUAAUCUUUUUGUGAAUGUUACCGUAUAUUUUGUCUGGUUCAACGUUUAAUUAUUUUUUUUCUUUAAUUUUGUAACUUAUAUCUACUUAUAACAGUACUUGAGCUUCAUUACCCGAGCUAUCUUUGAGGCUGCGAGACUGCGCCUUUGAAAGCGGAAGAAUUAAAAUUUAACUCUUUGUGCAGCUGUAGCUUCGGUUGCACUGAUCUUGCUUUUGAUAUAAGGCUGUAUAUUUUCGUACCAGCAUAUUUUGUGAUAAGUUUCGACCUCUUAUAAUUAAUUAAAUAUUUUCUCAAGUCGGUAUCAUAAAUUACCGCGAAAUGGAGUAACUAUUAAAUCUUCCUUUUUGAAAUAUCCUGGAGAGCUAAAAAAUAAAACUGGAUCCGGAUUAGACUGCGACCAACAAGCUCUCCAAUUCAGUGGCGAGCGAUGCGACUACCGUACCCUGAAAUGUUGAGCUUGUUCGCAGGCUAGAGCCGGAUUCCUGAAGCCGUCCAACCCUGCCUAUAGUUGUUAACAGUUGGCUAUUGUUAUGAGAUAAUACUUCAGAUACACUGUCUUAAUAUACGGAUGGUUUCAUGAAUCAUUUAUACACAAUGAAAUAAAUUUGUAAGCCGUCCAAUGCUGGCUGACUGGAUGACUGUUUGACUGACUGACGGACUGACGGACGGACGGACGGACGGACUCACUUAAUGACUGGCUGAAUGCCUCUCUGACUGGAUCAGAGAUGGAUGGAUGGAUCGAGUGAUCGAUUGAUUGAUUGGUUGAUUGAUUGAUUGAUUGAUUGAUUGACUGAUUGAUUGAUUGACUGAUUGAUUGAUUGAUUGAUUGAUUGAUUGAUUGAUUGAUUGAUUGAUUGAUUGAUUGAUUUACAAGUAGAAAUCAUUCCAUUAUGUUACUUUUUAAAGCCUUUGGACAGAUAACAGAGUCUUACUCAAGAACCUCUUCGGUCCACAAUGGAGACAGACUUUUCUUAAGGUGCACUCAUAGAGAACUGAGCAGGAUUUCCCCUAUAGAGAGAUUAAUAUGGUUCAAAGAUAGUGUCGCGAUCCCAGCAUCAGAUCCGCGGCUUAAUUCGGAAAAUGGCACCCUGACAAUCGAACAAGUGCGUGAAAGUGAUGCAGGCACGUACCGUUGUGAACUGAAAACGUUAGAUAUCUUGAGCAACAGCAGCACGACAAUAAAUGUUAUAGGUAAGCUACUGAAUCUCAAUUUCCUUUUAAGCCCUCAUAUCCUAUAAGCCUCGCACCUCUCUAACGCGCACACCUAUCGUUGGUCUCUAGACUCCUUUAGUCAUCUUCUUUGUCUCUCCAGUAACUCUCGACAAGGCGGACAUUUCCUUAAAGGGAACACCUAAAGAUACUCCCUGCCAUCUUUCAGCCAUCUUCUUUGCCUCUCUAUAAGCCCAGGGGCAGAUCUAGGGGGAGGGUGCAGGGGGUGCGCACCCCCCCCCCCCCCCCCCCCGCCCCCCCGGGGCCUUUUAAAACCACUUUAAUCUCCAAAAAAAAAAAAAAAAAGUAUAUUUUUUUUUUUUUGAGAAGAAAAAAAACAGAACACCACCCCCCAACAAAAAAAAUCUGAUCCACCCCCAGACAGACCUCAUCUUUUAAUAUACUUUUUUCUCACACGUGCGUAGUGUUUUGGGGGGGGGGGGGGGGGGGGGCCCCCCCCCCCCCCCCCCCCGAGAUGACCUGCGGUUUCUAAUACAACUGGUAUUCUGCAAAAAAAAAAACUACGUGGUUUAUUGUUGUUGAAGUAGAGCAAGAGACGAGUGCACCCCCCUCCUAAAAAAAAUCCUGGAUCCGCCCCUGAAGCCAGAUCUAUUUUCAAGAGAUUUUUUCCCAGAGACGGAGUUGACUUUUUUAAUGAUUAAGUAAGGAUUAUCUCUUGAUGAAGUAUUUUACAGCAAUCAGAAAAGUACUUUGGCUGAUGGUUACAACUACCACACUGAGUAAAGUAAAAAGGUCUUAUAAUGAAUUUAAGAGGGGCUGAAAAGAGAUUUUAAUGCAAACUUCUCCUACAAUAUAAGUUAAAUCAAAAGGAAACCGCACUCCGGUUAUAUUCCUUAAAGUGUUUUUUUUCAUCUCUCUCACAGGAAUGGACCCAUUCAAUCCAAGCAGCGUUACACAUACGGUUAUAAAUAUCAGUAGCAGUCCUCCAACAACAUCGUACAACAAGAUUGCAUCGUUACAAAAAGAGGUUUGUUUGCAAAGUGGCCUACCCAAAUGUAAAAUGAUUACUGGCUAACAUAAUACACUGUACGAGCUUUUUUUCCAAAUUCCAGUCACUGUGGUUUUAGUUUGUUUAUGCUUUAAAACUGCGGAAUAAGCAAAGGUCUUCUAACUUUGUUAUUCUCUUUUCUAGGUCAACGUUAUGAGUAGCAGUCCUCCACCACCAACAACAUCGUACAACAAGAUUGCAUCGUUACAAAAAGAGGUUUGUAUAGGACACGUCAUGCUGUUGAAAUCUGUUUGAUGCGGUCACUGUUGGGGAACGACCAAUCGCCCCCUGAGUUAAUACAGGUUAAUACAGGUCUGACAAACAGAAGAGUUACCUUAUCAAGAAAAUAAAGAUAUCAACAAAGCAAAAUUUUUUUCGUCAGGCGACAAAUUUACCUCAAAGUGUUUCUACCUCUUCUUUUGCCAAAAGAAAAGGAGCAAGGGAUCACUCGUCUAUUGUGCCAUGCACAAUGUAUAUAUGUAGCACUAGUGUGGUUCGCCUUCGUUGACAAAAUGGUCCGUAGGCCGCGCGUAAAAGUAGUAUCCACUAUCAUCAGCACGAAGAUAUUGAGAGUCCUUUGUAUAUCAAGCGAAUCACCUUUCUAUUUUUUUCCCGAUCUAGAUUGACGAACUAUCGAAUGGGAACUCCUCGGUAAAUGUAAGCAGUUUUAUAAAUAGUCUCGCAAACGCAACAAAAUCAGGAAAUGAAAUCACACUCACUGCAAAAGAAUUGUCAGCAUCAGUGAAGAUGUUAGUUCAACUUGUAAACUAUAAUUCAUUGGUGAACAACAGUGCAGUUAAUACGACAACAGACCAGCAAAAUAUUGUACAAGUAGCAAGUAAUCUUCUGGAGGAAGAAAAUACCCCCACUUGGUUAUUUCUGGAAGAGGUAUGUGACGUUGUUUUAAUUAUUUAAAACACUGGAGCAGCUAUUUUCUAGCCUGCGUCGCAGACUUAAGGAACAAUGUAUUAGGAAGGGGGGCUGAAAAAUGAGCCUGACAUAGAGUGAUAUUAAGUAGCCCUUCCUCGCAAAAAGACAAGUUAGCCGGCUCUGACUGUGCAGGCUACUAUUUUCAAGAAAUUGCUCUUACUACGUUUUGUUUACAAAUUCUUAGAGUGGCAGUAAUGUAACGGAUAACCUUUUAAAGGCAAUGGACGACUUUGGUUCACAAGUUGGUAGCCAGCUAGACGCGGGUUUGGACAACUCAUCUAACGUGACAAUCUAUACUCGGAAUAUUGUUUUUAGGGUGGAUCUCUUAAAAACUGCAAAAAAGGUAAAAUGAAUAAAAUAGCCUAGUUUGGAGUUAAAGAUUACCGCUGAAUACAAAUAUUAACGACACAUUCAUACAGGGUUAGCCUCGACAUGAAGUAAAACUUUCACAAAUUCCGACAAGUCAUUGAAAUGUUUGAAAUUUGAAAUUCAUCACAAUAGACAGAGUAAUAAACAGGUCUUCGUCUCGUUGGAAUUUGUAAAUACAUUUACUUUAGAUGGAGGCUAAGCCUGUAAAAUUUGCGUCUUAUUCACCUCUUUUAUUCAGCGGUCAAAGCGAUCUCAAAACUGGACUAUGAGUCAUGGACUAGAAUUACUUUUCGCAUUUGAGGAGCAAGGAUGGAGCAGGGGUGAGAGUACUCGUCUCCCACUAAUUAAUGUGACCCGGGUUCAAAUCCCGGCGUCGACCCCAUAUGUGGGUUGAGUUUGUUGUUGGUUCUCUCCCUUGCGCUGAGAAGUUUUUCAUCGGGUACUCCGGUUUUCCCCUCUCCUUAAAAACCACUGAACACUUCCCACUUCCAAUUCGACCUGGAACGUACGGACACGUUUAAAUGAGUUAAUAAAAAGUGCUUCGUGGGUAAACAAAUUACAAGUUACAAAUUUGUAUCAUGAUAUAUUUGAGCAAGAGAGAACAUUCUCUCUUGAUUGGAAACAUUAUAUUCUCUUGGUUGGAAACAUUAUUUCUCCUCUGUUUGGAGCAACACCACCCAAUCUAAUCUGGACAAACUCCAAGGUGUACAUAAUUUCGCCUGUAGAAUUGUGAGCGGGGCUGGAAAAUUUGACCACAUCACUUGCGCUGGCUCCCAGUCAAGCAACAGCUAUAAUUUCGACUUGCUGUUUUAAUAGUUAAGUGCAUGACUGGGUGUGCUCCAGCGUACUUAACAUCAAAGUUCGUAAAAAAUAGGCCGUUUUGACAAGGACAACCAGGAACUCAGAAAUGUUGAGAAUAUCACUCUUCCUCACUGCUAGUGGCCAAAGGUCCUUCGAAUAUAGAGCGACAUCCCUUUGGGAUAAGUUGCAACCAGAGCUCAAGCUAAGCAAAUCCGUUAAAAGUUUUAAGCGUCAACUUAGACGACUUCUUCUGGACGCCUCCUUCAGCUAUCAGUUAGUUAAUUAUUUUUCGUGUUUUAGCUUUCUGUGUUUAAUAUUAUUACAACUGUAACACUGACUCUUAAAAGUCCUGUGGGGACGAGCCAAUAAAUAUGUAUGUAUGUAUAUUUAUAAUGUUCUCCAAUCUCUCUACGUGGAUUAGAAUUUUCAAUUUUUUUAAUAUAAUUAAAACUUUGUUCUCCUCUGACCGCGCAUGAACAGACCAGUCUUGAGUUGUUAUUGGUAUGGAGGCCAAUUUGUUAAGCCCUUUUUUUAAUGCAAAUUCUGCGCAAAAAAAUUUAUAUAACUAAUUGUCUUAACUUCCAACAUGGCCGCCAUCCUACUCACAUGGUUCUAAACCAAAACUCUACAAGAGAGACGUAUUGACUCCUAAUCAGUCAAAACUCCUGAAUGAUAAUCACAAAGCUCCCAUUUUCAUGUUUCACCCGUUGUCAAAAACCAACUGUAUUGUCAUGGUUUCGUUCACAUAACUUUUAAAAUUAGUUCUUCUUUGCAUUGUCUCUUGAGAGGAAAGCCCCAAUUCUGCAUUGAUAUUUCAUUUUAUUUUUUUCAGCUCAGCGUUAACUUCUCCCAGCACGGCGCAGAGAUAUUUGUUCCUGGUGAAGUGUUCGCCUCAAAUUCAGCAACUAAAGCUUCCACCAUUGUCUACAAGACUCUCAACAAUAUCUUAACACUUAAAAAGGAAGAUGCAAAGAACGAAGAAAAGAAUGGAAAGACAAAAUUCAAGAGUGGCUCAAACAUUGUUUCUGCCACAAUUCUUCCGCGUCCUGUCAGUCCGAUGAAAAAACCAAUCAAGUUUGUUUUUCAUCACAAGAACAAGGCAAGUUAUCAGACAGCAAAAAAACUGAGAAAAGAUGUCAUUUUUAUGUCCUUUAUCCGCAAGUCCUUGAGUCCAAGCGGUGGCUUUAAUUUAUUCAUUGUUUAUCACUUUUUCCAUCACUUUUAACACCCUAGCACAAGUCCAACUAGCAGUUUCCUUUCUUCAACUCUUCUCAGCUUCUAUCCGGUGUCCAUAAAGAUGGAAAAUGAAUGAUGUAACUGAUCAGGAAGUAAACUGUCUUUUUGAUUACAGAGUGAAGAUGUUAUUGGAAGCUGUGUAUUCUGGCAAAUAGGACUUCCGCAGAGAACGUGGUUAACUCGUGGAUGCGUGCGUGUGGAACACGAAUCAAGUGCGCGAGUAACCACAUGCGAGUGUGAUCACCUGACAGUCUUCGCAGUGUUAAUGAACAACAAACCGGUAAAAAUAAUUAUUUUGUAUUCUCCUGUAACUCCGAGAAUAUCAUGAUGAGUAAAUAAAAAUAUUUAUAUUGCAGCUUUUUUGCUGCAACCGAACUUAUCUUUUUUAGAAAUUCAGUUAAUAUCUUCAUUUAUCUUUUUGUCAUUAACGUUGUCUACUGCAUUUCAUUCACGAUUAUACCCCGCUGGUUCUUUCUAAGGACGAGUUUGUGUCACAAUGAAGCCCAUAUCAACGGUUACAGGCUGUGACCAUGUAGCUCAGCCAGUUGAACGCCUUGAGCUGAUCGAAGGUUCUUGGCAAAGUGGACUACCCAAAUGUCACUUUUACUGGCUAACAUAAUACAAGCUUUUUUUCUAAAUUCUGGUGGCGUUAGUUUGUUCUUGCUUUAAAACCGCGGAAUAAGCAAAGGUCUGCUCGACUACACCAAAAUUAGUACUGGUUACAUGAUGUACUAUCAGACAGUACCAACAGCGGUUCUCAAUGUGCUGUGGCAGUACUAAUAAAUAGAUUUGCUGUUCAUAAUUAUUGUUCAUUUAUCUUCUAACUUUGUUAUUCUCUUUUCUAGGUCAAAGUUCAUCACGAACUGUACUUGAAGUCUAUCGCCAUCAUAGGCUGCGCAUGCUCUUUGCUGUUUCUACUGCUGACCUUCAUGUUAAUGGCAUGGUUUUGGAAGUAUUUAAAGAGCCCGAGAGUGAAAAUGAUAUUACAUUUGUGCCUUCCUAUUGCUGCGACUUGUAUUUUAAUCAUUAUCAAUGAGAACUACCACCUGGAGGAGGUAAAUAUUUAUAUCUCAAGUAUUGUUUACCAGGAUAAGACUGGUACCAUCCUCUUACUCACAUAUUUGCUUAAAAAAAUUAAAGGCUAUUCCAAACUUUCCCGAAAUUUCUGCAUUUAGUCUUUACCAUAUGAACCAAAAUCCUUCACCAUCCUUCUUCAAAAUCCUUUACCAAUCAAAGAGACAAAGAGGUUUUUUAAAAAUGUUAUGUUGAACUCAUUGUAAUAUAUUUAUUGUUCCUUCUUCAGUUUCGGGUUGGUCUCUACUGUUGCAGAUGAUGCGAUCUCCAGAUGACGUAAUACAAAACAUUAAACAAGCACUACACAACACUCACACCACAUCACAAAGCGUUACCAACAAUCUACAACACCGAGAAAGACUCAACACCCCAAUUGGCUAUUUGGAAGACUUUUUUCAGACACCGACUACAUCUCUUUCUCUUCUUUUUUUUUUUUGUGCCCCAAGAAUUAUUACUUGGCACCAAUAAAGACGAAACAAAAAAAAACGGAAAAAAUCAUCGUUUCUUGCUCAUAGUAGUAAGCCUUGGAUAUCUUCUUUCUCGGUGGCAUCACCUCAUUUUGUUUCCCUAGCGACUGAUCAUCUAAUUACAAUAGCGGCUGCUGUUGUUAUAAGAAUCAGAUUGAACCUAAGAUCCUUUAACCCUGGCCUUUAAGCUCCAAUAUACAAAUACAAUUUAAUGUUCUCCAGAAUCAUUGAGAGAAUUUGAUAAAAUAUCUAAACAUUUUUCCUUUGGUGAUAGAUUUAUCGAUUCUCAUAGCUGAUGAUGCAUUGAUAUUGCUAUUGGAGAACUCUGUUUCCUUUAAGCCAGGCAAGAACGAAAGACGCACGAGGAGGAACAAAUAGGCGGUCACUCUGGGAUUUAACGGGUUAACAGUCACUUUAUAUUUGUUACUUGACAGGCUUGGUGUACAGCCAUGGCGGCGUUACUUCAUUAUUUUCUCCUGUGUGUGUUUACAUGGAUGUUCAACCAUGGGGUCCUGCUUUAUUUACUCAUCAUAAAAACGGAACUGAGAGAUAACAUUCAUUCAAAGAUGAAGUGGUUUUACACUUUUGGAUGGGGUAAGAGAAACGUUAACGUCAAUUUGCGUCAUCACACCCUUUUCCACAGAGGCUCGACGGAACAUUAUUGGAUUUCCGCUGUGCGAAGUAAAUGAAGACGCGAAAACUGAAAGAUGGAGCCUGCCACCUCACUCAAAAAAGCCUCUUUGAGCUUCUGUGGAGAAAAUACAGGCUGUCAUAUUGUAUAUGUUCUUCGGCUAUAUUGCUAAUUCUCUGUAUCAUAGGAAGGCGGUAAACAGCAGAAAAGCAUUUCUCACCAGCACAUCCAACGUCCCUCUGUCCUUUGCUUUCAAAUUUUAUGGAAUGCAGAGACGUCUAAAUAACGUGGCCGGGUGCAUAACUAUAAGAAAUACAUGUUGCGUUCUCUUUCAAACUGAAAUUAUUAGAAACAGUGUUUGCUAAACCUGAUAAAACGUUGGUCGUGGGGUACGAGAGAACCAAGAUAGACUGGAAUUGUUUCCAUUAUUCUCUCUUGAGAGACCUUAGUUAAUUUUCGGUGAGAAAGUAAGUGAACAAAAGGAAAGAAAAAACAGUGAAGUUUAACGUUAUUUAAAUCUUGAUUGUAAAGCAAAGGUUUUCUCUAUUUAAUGGAGAAAUUGUUUUCUCCAGUGUAUGUCAGUAAGUUACGAGAUAUACUUAACAAUUCGACAACAAUUUUCCAUGGUGUACUGUAUACUCUCAUCGACCAUAGUAAUAACGUCAACAUGUUCAAAACUCACUGUGGAACCACCACCCGCAGGCGAGUGGUGUCACUGCAAAGAGUUUGAACAUUUUGACGUCAUUCCUUUGGUCGAUAGGUGUAUAGACCAUAGGAAAUCGUUGUUGAUUUGUUUCUUAACAUUUACAGUUUUUUACGCCAACUGCCAUUAUGUGCCAUUGAGGUUUUUUUUUUCGUGAAAGCUCGCGCGCAAGAAAAACAAAUAGCUUCACCAUCACGUAAUUUCCUUAGUCUGUACUUUUUUAAUUACCAUCAUAGCUCUCAACCAAUCAGAGCUAGAAAUCGCUCAGAUAUUUUAAAAUGUCCUUCGUUUCAGGUUUCCCUUGCACAGUAGUGGGAAUGUCCCUUAUAGUAACUGGUAUCGACAAAUAUGUAGCUGAAAACUGCUGGCUGACAUUAGAACAUAACAUUCUUUAUUGUGCCUUUGUCGCUCCGGCUGCUAUGAUUAUUUUGGUAAGUAUUCUUUCUUAAAGAUCCUAUUUCCCUUUUUUGGCUCUAUUUCUUUUAUUUUGCGAAGUUUACUAAGUGUAAAAAUUCAGUUGGUCGACUCUUAUAAGGCGAAAACUGCUUAUGAGCAUUGACACUCGCCUCUGAAUGAGAUCAUCGAUGGAGGUUGUUGUUGAUCCCUGGGACCAGGCCAAUACUCAGGAGCCUUCACAAUCCGAUGAAAAACCUUCAAGGAGCAACCGUUUUGCCCUAAACAUGUUAAGGUACCUUAAAUUUCUUUUUAAAAAAAGCAUCAAUUUAUACCAUUAUUAUUCUGUAUUUGUUUCAGGUCAACUCUAUUUUGUUCAUCACUUUGCUUUGUCGAAUAAAUAGAGUGUCAAAGUUCAGAGAAUCCAUGACACGUGCUCAACACGUGAAGGCGUGGCUGAGGAGGUCCCUAAUUCUUCUGCCAGUCCUGGGAAUAACGUGGUCUUUUGGCCUUUUAACGUUUAUCUCGUCUACUAUUGUCUUUCAUUAUUUGUUCACAAUUUUUAACUCUUUGCAAGGAUUUGUCAUCUUUUUCAACUUUUGCGUUCUGGACUCUGAGGUAGGUUUUUUGGUUAUCCUAGUCACUACUGUCAAUUUAGACUCCAGUUUCGUCGUUUUUUCUGUUGAAAUCUUCAAGGAGGGGAGCGCGCGAGGCGCCCGAGUUUCAGCCGUGAGGCCUAGUGUUUCCUGAGUCUCGGCAUAUGCCGUUUCUCAUUACCCCUCGGACUAGACCUUGACCUGUGCAAAAAACCCUGCUAUUUUGCAGUCUACAGUGCGACUACUAUAACCUGGGCCACCUAGACCACAGGCGGCCCAAAUUCUGUGUGGGUUCGUUGGACUUUGAAUUUAUAAGAAAAUGUAUGAAAAUAAAAAUACGUCCUAAUUCCAUUUAAAAUGACUCACCUUGUGUUUUUGUUUUGAUUUUUAGUGUCUCUUUGCUUCUAGAGCCAUUUAAAAGCCAUUUUAUCGACGUUUAAUAUUUGAGUUGCACUACUACGUCGAUAAAACGGCUUCCAAAUGGUUCUAGAAGCGGGAGACAGUAAAAAACAGAACAAAAACACAAGGUGAGUCAUUUUUAUUUCUAUUUUUUGGAGCUUGUUCUCUUAAAUUUGUGUAUUCAGUGUUUGACUGAGUUUCUCAAAAUAAGAAACUGUUUCAAAAUUGUAGGCUUAAACAGGUUCUUGAUGUUAAAGGGAUCUAAAUGGACAAUCUUAGCAUAACAGGCUUUUAACAUUUAGGUUCUUAUACGCGGGUUUUUACUGUACCGAAAGUGGCCUACUAAUAAUUUACUUUGCAAUUUAACCAUUUUCUUGCAGGUCAGAGCUCGUGUAGUUGGGGCUUUGUGUAAAAAGAAACAUACAUCCGCUGGAUGCGUCAGAAACAAAGCUGUAGCAGAACCAAUCAGUAUUGAGGAUAACGUCCACAAAAAUAAUAAUCUGCAAGCUCCAGCAGGUAAAUAAAUCACCGAAAGUCGUCUUCAGUUUUAGUCCUUGGUAAUUACUUCAUUUCACGAGCUGAAUCAAGCAUUAUACCUCUGGUCCAACAAAACCUUAGGUCUUCUUUAAUAACCCGGGAAAAACGCGUGCAGACUGGGGAGAGAGGAUCAGGCGCUUCUUGGGAUGAGCACGACUGAUCGUAUUCCUGAAUAGCAAUACGCAGAAAUGUUAUAACAAAUAUCUUUUAGCCUUAUUCUGGGAUCACAAUGGAAUGCUACAUACAUCUUAAUAUUUUAUUUCAACCAAAUUUCUGUAUUCUAAGUUGCAAUAUAUGCCUAAAUUACUUUUUCCGGAAUACGGUCAGUCGACCACGCCCUUAUUUUUGGGUGCCAAUGACCGACUACUACCUGAGAGCCUAGGACAAGCGACCUUUGACGGGUUGGGGCGACUAAGGCCAAAUUUUCAAAUCCCAAGUAAGCCAUGCCUAAGGCUCAAAUUAGUGUAAAAAAAUAUUUGCUGUCCUAAAAAUAUGUAAGGUCUUAGGAAACCUUUUCAGUCAACCCAAAAAAGUUCUUGGAACGCAAAUUUUUUUGCAAAUUUUCUUUACCAAGAAACACUUUGCUUAAUACUGUGAGAAGUAACAUUAUUGUUUGUCUUUAUUCAGUCAUAUUCCUGACAGCUGUCCCAGCAAGGAUUCAGGGAAUUGAAAACAAGCGAUUUUUCAGCACGGAUGAAAACCAACUGACGCUGGAAAGACAAGACCCAAAACUACAAACGUGGAUGACGAAAUCAUAUCUCUGA